AGAGAGAGAGAGAGAGAGAGAGAGAGAGAGAGAGAGAGAGAGAGAGAGAGAUGGCAGCAACAGAGGAAAACAGCAAAGUCUGUGAAGCUUAUCCAAUGAAAGGUGGAAAUGGAGCCAACAGCUAUGCCAACAUCUCCAUUUACCAGAGAGGAGGUGCGGAGGCUUCCAAGGAAUUUGUAAACAAGGCAAUCGCAGAACUUGGCCUGGAAACCUUGUUAUCUUCCAAGACCUUUAGAAUUGCAGAUUUAGGUUGCUCCGUUGGGCCCAGUACAUUUUUUUCAGUUGAAAACAUAAUUCAAGCUCUGCAGUUGAAAUAUAAAACCCUAGCGUUGAGCUCCCAAUUACCUGAGUUUCAGGUUUUCUUUAAUGAUCUUAACUCAAAUGAUUUUAAUCUGCUCUUCAACUCCCUCUCACACAACAGGCAAUACUAUGCCGCUGGGGUGCCAGGCUCCUUCUAUGGUCGGCUAUUUCCUAAUAAUUCCAUCCACCUUUUUUACUCUUCCUUUUCCAUUCCAUGGAUUUCUCGAGUCCCAAAAGAGGUAGUGAAUAAAAACAGUCCUGCCUGGAAUAAAGGUCGAAUCUUUUACUCAGAUGCCCCAGAUGAAGUAGUAAGGGCUUAUGAAGCACAACAUGUUGAGGACAUGGAUUGCUUCCUGAAUGCGAGGGCACAAGAAAUUGUGAAUGGAGGACUCAUGGUACUUAAUGUUCCAGGUCGCCAAGACGGUACCCCUCAUUCUCAAACUCUGCCAAAUGUGAUCUUUCAAAUUUUGGGAUCUUGCCUCAUGGAUAUGGCUAGGAAGGGAAUUGUUGAUGAAGAGAAAGUAGAUUCAUUUAACCUACCCAAUUACUUAAUGUCUUCCAAAGAACUAGAAGCUUCUAUAGAACGAAAUGGAUGCUUUAGCUUAGAGAGAAGGGAAAAUUUGCAUCACUUCGUUGCACAUGACAUUGUCUAUAAAAAUCCCCUACUACUUGCAUCUCACAUCAGAGGUAGCCUGGAGGGACUCAUCAAGCAGCAUUUUGGAGACGAAAUCUUGGACGAGCUCUUUGACUUGUAUGGAAAAAGACUUGCAGAGCAACAAUCCAUUGUUGUGGCAGGGAAGGCAAUUGUCUAUUCGGUUGUGCUUAGACGCAAGGCAAAUUGACUUAAGCACGGUGCUGUGUCGCUAUUUAUUUCGAGUCUAUAGUCGCUUUCUUCUUUGUGUUUAUGUCUUUUACUUUAAGGACCUGUGAUAAGUUUCCAUAUUAUUGACGAGUUUAAUUUGCUUCCUACUGUGCAUGCCACUCCUCAUCAUAUAUAAUAUUCAGGUAUUGACAGCAUACAUGUUAUAUGUUAG